AAAUCAUUUAAAGUGGCACAACUUACCAGACUAACAAUCACAUUCCACUGAGGAAGCAUAAAGGGAUACUGGAUUGAAUUUCCUAGCACCUGCUCCUCUAAAGCGAUGAAGUUGGGAUCAGAGGUAAGGGUAGUUCUUUCACACAAGUGACCUAAGAAUGCUUGUAGUAACAACUGAUGGUUCCCUAACAUGCUUUGUUAUUGAUGUUUGUGUCGAAACAGUGCUACUUUUUGGAUUAGAAAUUUUACUCACAGUCAUGGCUACUAGUAGCGAAAGGUCCUGCACCCCUUCUUCCAAACUUCAUACCUCUAUGACUGUAAAACAAGCAGUGCAUAAACUUGGGUUAUAUCGCAAGAAUGUUUCUUUCAUUACUAAAGACAAGAGUAAGCUUCAUACGAUUUCAAUUAACCCUUGGGCACUUUCCCUUUAAUAUUUCUAUUAAACUAAACAUCACUUCUACUUAAUCUAAAUCAAUUUUCACUUAUAUUUCAAUCGCAUAAACAUUUAACUUAUUAUCAACCGACAGAUCUUGUAAAAAAUAUACCAAUGAAGCAUGACAAUCAAAGUGAGUCAACGAUUAAUCAAUUCAAAUUUUUAAAAAGAAAUUAUAAACAUUUCAUUUCUAAAAUGUUAUAAAAAAAACAAACAAAAUAAUUAAUCAAUGUAUCAAUGAUAAAUUAUAGAUGGAUCAACUCCAAUCCACAUGAAUGUCAUAUUGACAAAAUAAGAUAUCACCAAAUGGAUGCAACAAAAUUGAGACUUGUACUCAAAGAGCUCAGUUUUCCAGUCUCCUAUGGCUCUCAAUCUUCGCCAGAAACAAACAGAAUGUAUAAUCCGAAUGCUUAAUCUGAAUCAACCUGUGAAUUCCACUGGAACUGCUAAUGAUGAGGUUUACAAGAUUUUGAUUUAUGACAAAUUUUGUCAGAAUAUACUGUCCCCUUUGAUACAUGUCAAGGAUCUUCGAAAACACGGUGUUACACUAUACUUCCUUAUUGACAAAGAUCGAAAACCUGUCCAUGAUGUACCAGCUGUCUACUUUGUUCAGCCUAAUCAAUCUAAUAUCCAGAGAAUCGUAGCCGAUGCUUCGCGUUCUCUCUAUGAUAGUUUCCAUUUGAAUUUCUCUGCGUCUAUACCAAGGCCGCUUUUGGAGGAUCUGGCUUCUGGGACUUUGAAUUCAGAUUCAAUCCAUAAGAUUUCGAAGGUUCAUGAUCAGUAUUUGGAAUUCGUGUCAUUGGAGGAUAAUUUGUUCUCAUUGUCCCAGAAGUCUACGUAUGUGCAAUUGAAUGAUCCAUCAGCAGGGGAUAAAGAGAUCGAGGAUAUUAUAGAGAGGAUUGUUAGUGGAUUAUUUUGUGUUUUGGCUACACUGGCUGUGGUUCCCAUAAUAAGAUACCCGCGCAGUGGACCGGCAGAGAUGGUUGCUUUGGCAUUGGAUCAGAAGUUGAGGGAUCAUUUGUUGUCAAAGAACAAUUUGUUUUCUGAAAGUGGGAGUUUUGCGAGCUCAUUUCAGCGUCCGAUUUUGUGUAUGUUUGAUAGGAACUUCGAGUUGUCGGCUGCCAUACAACAUGAUUUUAGGUACUGCCCACUUGUACAUGAUAUUCUUAGAUUGAAGCUUAAUAGGUUGAGUGUGCCAGGAGAGAAAGGUAGAAUGAAAUCAUACGAGCUGGAUAGGUCAGACCCAUUUUGGAUGGCGAAUGGAUCAUUGGAAUUCCCUGAAGUUGCUGUUGAGAUUGAAACCCAGUUGAACACAUAUAAGAAAGAUGUUGAUGAGGUGAAUAGAACUGGUGGGACUGCAGGAGCAGAGUUUGACGGGACAGACUUGAUUGGGAACACGAAGCACUUAAUGAAAGCAGUGAACUCCCUGCCUGAACUGACCGAACGGAAGCAGGUCAUUGAUAAACACACAAACAUUGCAACAGUGCUCUUGGGUGAAAUAAAGGAGAGAUCUCUUGACUCUUAUGUAAAGAAGGAGAAUGAUAUGAUGCUGAGAGGUGGCAUUUACCGAAAUGAGUUGCUGGCUGUACUUAAGGGAAAAGGUACCAAGAUGGAUAAGCUGCGUUUUGCUAUAAUGUAUAUUAUCUCUUCCGAAACCAUUAAUCCAGCAGAAGCAGAAGCAGUGGAAGCAGCAAUAGUAGAAUCUGAGGUUAAUACAAGUGCAUUUCAGUAUGUAAAGAAGAUCAAGACAUUGAAUGUUUCAUUGGCGUCUGCAAAUUCUGCUAGUAGAAAUAACAUUGUUGAUUGGGCUGAGAAGCUCUAUGGCCAGUCAAUUAGUGCUGUCACGGCAGGUGUGAAGAACCUAUUAUCUAGUGAUAGACAGUUGGCUUUGACCAGGACUGUGGAAGCAUUGAUGGAGGGGAAACCAAACCCUGAAAUUGAUUCUUACCUUGUAUUUGAUCCUCGUGCCCCUAAAUCGAGCUCUGGAACUAGUAGUAGCCAUCUGAAAGGACCCUUUAAAAAGCUAUUGUGUUCAUGAUUGGUGGUGGAAGUUUAGGGGAGUAUGGCAGCUUGUAAGACCUUGUCCAGCAUCAGCAACCUGUCAAGCAUAUUAUAUAUGGAACAACAGAAAUUUUAACCGGAAUGGAGUUUGUUGAGCAACUCUCACUGUUGGGGCAGAAGAUGGGAUUGGGCAAUUCUGUUGCUACUUCUUCAGCAAGCCAUUAAUGCAGCCUGUUGUUUAAUUUGCAGAGCCUACAAUUCGCUGGUCAAGUGCAUAAAGAAGGCAGCAUCAUGCAAAAUGGGGAUAACAUGCCAUGUUACCAAGUAAACGCAGAUCCGAAGGUGAUUAUCUGAGCAUCCAUGCCUUAAUUUUCAGAGCCUACAAUUCGCUGGUCAAGUGCAUAAAGAAGGCAGCAUCAUGCAAAAUGGAGAUAACAUGCCAUGUUACCAAGUAAACGCAGAUCCGAAGGUGAUUAUCUGAGCACCCAUGCCUUAUUUUUUCUUGCUGGUUUCAAUCGUGAUUUGAACCUUCAACUAACUAGAAGAACAUAUAUUUUUGUUCCAUUACAGUGAGUUUAACAUGAUUCAUUUGUGUAAUUUUGUAAUUGUAUUCUUGGAAAAAUGUCAGGAACUACGUAUUGUGCGUUUAA